AUGCUGCGGCAGCGUUGCGGGCAGCUCCUGGCCCGGCUGGAGCAGGGGCUUCAGCUCCUGGAGCUCGGCGGCAGCGUGGAGGAAGAGUACAUCCAGAUCGCUCGGUGCUUUGAGGCGACGCGCCAGAGAUGCUGCCGGCUGGAGCAGGAUGGGCGUCGUGCCCGCGAGCAGCUGGCCCGUGUGGAGGCCGAGCGGGCAGCGCUGGAGGUGAAGCUCAAGCACGCCCGAAACCAAGUGGAGGUGGAGAUGAAGAAGCGGCACCGGGCAGAGGCUGAGCUGGAGAAGCAGGAGCGCAAACUUCAGCUGGUCCUUGAGCUGCUGAUGCGGGAACCAUGGGGAAACGAGGCACUGAGCAGGGAGCAGUGCUCUGUUCUCAGUGCCCUGGCUGGUCGGCGCCUUGGGGCAGCCUUGGCACCCGGCAGGAGGUCAUCUGCAGUGGACGAGCCGUGCCAGUCCCUCCUGUCCCACUCGGACAUCAGCUAUGACCGCACUGAGGAUGACGUGGAUGUUGAUAUGACGGUAGUGCGGACCCUGAAGCGCAAAGUUCCAGACAAGCAGCGUGUGUCCCUGGCCCCUCAGGUUGGCCCUGUGGUGAUGGCAAAGCGACACCGUUCUUCUAUGGUACCUCAAAAUGCUGUGAGUGUCCCUGCUAUGCCCCCUCCUGCUGAGGUCCCAGGCCCUGCUGACCUCCUGCCUGCUGUUCUGGUGCCUCAACGCCGCUCUCGCCAGGGACACCGUGUCUCCACAUGUGCAGAGCUGACCACGGUGUGGGGCACCAGUGAAGAUCUGGGCCGCCACACUGCAGGGCAGGAGAGCCGCACUGAGGGCAGCUCAGAGGGACAGCCAGCAGCAGCCCCUUUCCCCUCACCUCCACCGAGUCUCCCACCAGUCCAGCACAAGUUCACCUCCAAAACGGUGAUCCGUCCUGAGCCAUGUUGUGUCUGUGGUUCCCGCAUCCGCUUUGGGAAGACUGCCCUCAAGUGCUGCCAGUGCCAGCAGCUGCUACACACCAAGUGUCGGGAGCAGUGCCCCAGCCUCUGCACACCCAGGCCUCACCACCACGCCUGGCCCCGUGAGGGUGUGCUGGCUGACUUCGCGCCCUCCACGCCGCCCCUGGUGCCCACGCUGGUGGUGCAGUGUGUGACCGAGGUGGAGACACGAGGCUUGACAGAGACAGGGCUGUACCGGGUGCCAGGUGCGGAGCAGCUGGUACGAGAGUGGAAGAGGAAGCUGCUGCGGGCUGGGGGUGCACUGCCUGCCCUCAGCAGUGUGACUGACAUCCAUGUAGUCUGUGGGGUGCUCAAGGACUUUCUGCGGGGGCUCAAGGAACCAUUGGUCACCUUCAGCCUCCACCCUGCCUUCCUGAGGGCUGCCGACAUCCCCGAUGAUGCUGCCAGGGACACAGCCCUAUGCCAUGUGGUGAGCAAGCUGCCCCCAGCCAACAGGGAUACCCUGGCCUUUCUCAUGCUGCACCUGCUUAGGGUGUCACACAGCCCUGACUGCAAGAUGGAUGUGCUCAACCUGUCCCGCGUGUUUGGCCCUACGCUGGUGGGACACAGCUCAGCCAACCCCACGCCGCUCGCCAUCAUGGAGGACACGCCUCGGCAGUGCAAGGUGGUGGCCCAUCUCCUUUCACUGCCACCUAACUUCUGGAAAGGCUUUGUGGAGACAGAGCAGGAGAACCUGGUGCCAGUGCCAGCCCUGAGACGUGAAUGUGAAUCAUUCUUCCAGCCUAUUGUCUCUCCGGAGCCCAAGCCAGGGCAGCUGAGCCCAGCUGGUACCUGCUGCCUCCCCAGCAGCCUGCGGAGCUGCGUGGGCACGGCCACCCGGCCCCCGCAGGGGCCAGCCCCGAGGAAGGUGGGCCGGUUUUUCCCUUCUCCUGUGUAGCCUGCAGCAGUGGCUCCCUCGGGACACGGAGCUGGCACUGGAGGAGGAGGAAAGACUGCAGGACCAGGCAGCUGCCUGUGGGGUGACAGUGCCGAGCUCAAAGCUCUGCUCUGCUUCCCCGGGGACUGGGGAGCAGAGCUGGCUCUGUCCAGCUGUGG